GGACGGCCUCGCGACCAGUGGGGCGGGGCCAGAGCCAACUGCGAGACGGGCGGGGCGGGGCUUGCGGGGCUGCGUGACCAGCGGCGGGUCACGUGAUGCGACGCCAGCGCCGGGCCUCCCAAGAUGGCGGUGUGCAUCGCGGUGAUCGCCAAGGAGAAUUACCCCCUCUACAUUCGCAGCACCCCCACGGAGAACGAGCUGAAGUUCCACUACAUGGUGCACACAUCUCUGGACGUGGUGGAUGAGAAGAUCUCCGCAAUGGGGAAGGCCCUGGUUGACCAGAGGGAGCUGUACCUGGGCCUGCUCUACCCCACGGAGGACUACAAGGUGUAUGGCUACGUCACCAAUUCCAAGGUGAAGUUUGUCAUGGUGGUGGAUUCCUCCAACACGGCCCUUCGAGACAACGAAAUUCGCAGCAUGUUCCGGAAGCUACACAACUCCUACACAGACGUGAUGUGCAACCCCUUCUACAACCCGGGGGACCGCAUCCAGUCCAGGUGGGCCCUACUUCCUGUGUCCGCAUCCAGUCCAGGUGGGCCCUACUCCCGUGUCCGCAUCCAGUCCAGGUGGGCCCUACUUCCCGUGUCCGAUCCAGUCCAGGUGGGCCCUACUUCCUGUGUCCGAUCCAGUCCAGGUGGGCCCUACUUCCUGUGUCCGCAUCCAGUCCAGGGCCUUUGAUAACAUGGUGACGUCCAUGAUGAUACAGGUGUGCUGAAUGAGCUGUGCUGCCGGCCAUCGCAGAGGAUCCCACGCGUGACCGUGGUGGCCGUCAGUCUGUUCUCGUCGCCUCUUCCUGAGUGGGAUGCCCGGGGCUUUCAGGGCAGGCAGCUGUGCAUGUUCUCUCAACUAAAGGUCUUGUGAGAUGAGAUUUGGCUUUUUCCUUCUGUGUCAGCCAAGGAUUUAACUAAGAAGAAUUCAACUAAGGACUUUCAGUGGUGUGGGCAGAGGUUUGGGAUUAGAUGGUGCAGGAAGUCUGUCCCCAGUUGUCCCAAAGGGGCAGAGGCAGGGGCGCCUGGAGCCAAGAGUUCCUGAGCCUGCAGGACCUGUGACCAUGUGGGUCACCCAUUGGCUGAACAGGUGGACUGGUCUGGAGGGGGCGGCUUCCUGAGCCCAGAGCCAGCCUAGGAUCUAGGGGCAAAAGGGGAGCCAGCGUGCCUUCCCACAGGGGAGGGCCCUCCUCUUUCUGGACUUGGCCUCCAUUCUUUGCAUCUGGCCCAACGUCUAGACUCAGCCUGGCCUGAAAAGAACGCUUGUGAAACCUGGGAAGCCUCGUGGCCCCGUGGCGUUGGCUCAGCUGCAGCCCUCAUCCUAAGCCCUGGAGCGCAGACUUGAGGCGCCCCUUCCUGCCUGUUUGUGCUGAGGGGGUUCGGUGCCGUGUCGCUUGAUGACAUGACUGACUACCACCCAGGGCAGCCGCCGAGCCCUUAGUGGUGUCAGUGCCGCUGGCAACCUUGGGGUCCAGCAGUCGAGGCUCAGCCAGCUGAGGAGACCCCCCCGCAGAGCUGGUUCCAGCACUGGUCCAGGACUGGAGAGUUUCUCAAGGACCUUGCAGACCCCAGGAGCCCCUGCAGCAGGAAAGGCUGUAAGGGGGUCAGCCUGGGGCAGACACAGGGAGGGGAACUUUCUCGAUACAUAUUUGCCUUUUCAUCCCAUCCAGCAAGCACAGUGUUAAUUUUAUAAAUUAUAGAAGAAGAAAUGAGCAAGGAGUGUGUGUGAAAACCGCAGGCUUCCCUCGCCCAGGGUGAAUUGGAAGUCCUGGCAUGGGCCGAGGCACACCGGGCAGCUGGUCUGAGUGCGUUUGGGCCACAGGCCACCCUCACAGGGUUAAAUCUUUAACAAGAGCCUCAUGUUUGUUAGAAAGUGGGACCCCAGCCCAAGCACCUAGCACCUCCCCACUGCAGCCCAGUGUGAAAUCUUUGCCUUUUAGUGGGGAUCGCUCCUGCCUGAGUCCUGGCUGUGGUGGGGACUUGGGAAGUUGCUAACCCAGCAUCCAUUCUCCUUCCUCCCUACUAACAGAACUCUAGUGCCUCUGCACAGCUCUGACAGUGGGCAGAUGAGAACCAUGUCCUGGCCUCCCUCGCAGCCUGGGGUGUGCAGCUGUGGCAUGGAGGUGGUGGUGCUAGGACAGACUUGCAGGGAAGCUCCUGUGAAGGGGGCUCAGCUGCCACGUGCAGGGCCCUUCCCCUUUGCCUUCUUCCUGCCUGGAACAUGGAUGUGAUGGCUGGUGCUGGCACAGCUGUCCUGAGAGCAUGAGGAAAGAGUCACACCCUGAGGACAGUGGAGCUGAUGCACAACGCAGGAAGGAGGACCCUGUGCCUUUGCUGACACAGAAUGCGGGAAGGACCUGUGACCUUGCUGAGGCAGAAUGUGGGAAGGACCCUGUGCCUUUGCUGACACAGAACGUGGGAAGGACCUGGGCCUUUGCUAACACAGAACGCGGGAAGGACCCUAGGCCUUUGCUGACGUACCAGCCCCGGACUACUUAAUUUCAGCUUUUUUUAAAUGUGAGAAAAUAAACGCACCCCUCUCUGGUUUAAA